AUGCGACCGUUUCGACGCGAGGACUUCGGCCGUGCUUCGAGAACUCGACGAGAGCCAUCGAUUCGUCCAAAAAUCAGCCGAAUCGACUUCGAUGUGACCGAGCUCGAGAGUGCUGCAGUUUGGUCAGGACCACCCAAACCAGCGGUCGAAUUCCACGCAGGCAAGCUCGGCGACUGCUGGCUCAUGUGCGCUUUAUCCGCGUGCGCGGAGUUCCCCGAGGUCAUCCGGGCCCUCUUCCCCGGCGUCAUGCAGACCUUCCAGUCGUCGGGCCUCUACCGCGUGCGCCUCUGCACGGGCGGCCUCUGGCACACGGUGACGCUCGACGACUACUUCCCCUGCGACGUCGGCGCGGGCACGCCCAUCUUCUCGCGCGCGAACGGCGAGGAGUUGUGGGUGCUGCUCCUCGAGAAGGCCAUGGCGAAGCUGAGCGGCAACUACUUCCGGCUCCGCGGCGGCCUCGCGGCCGAGGGGUUG